AUAUGGAGAUGCAUCCUGCUUGUAGAAUUCUUGCUCAUUAUACCUCAGACCAAUAUCUUGUGUCUGCGGCAUUACCUCAGAUGGCUAUGCCUUUGUAUAAAGAGAAGCUUGUAAAAGAGAGUAAUGUAUUGGUACUAGACUCUGAGGGUCUGCUGGUUCAAGUAAAGGAAGCUGUAUGUAUUGAUUAUAGAAAACUUUUGACAUUUGCUGUAAUUUUAAGCAAGCUCUCAGCCACUGCUGAGAUAGGCAAUGCUAUUAUUAAAGAUUACUACAGAGAGGCUUAUGGGAGUAGCAUUGAUAAUAGCA